AUGGCAAAAGAGAUCGAAGGUUAUGAGGGUUAUGUGAACAAAGUGAUCCCAUUCAAAACGAUUGGAGAUCUUGAAUUGAGUGUAGACGUGUUGUACCCAAUCAAAAAGCCUUCAUUUCCCUCUCCGGUUCUGGUACACUAUCAUGGAGGAUUUUUGGUAUUUGGAGAUCGCUAUAUGUUCUUCCCAGAGUGGCUGGCUCAAGCAUGCGUCAACCGAGGUUGGGUCUUCGUCACACCGGACUAUAGACUAAUUCCCGAGACUACAGCACAUAAAUCAUUGGAGGAUGCUGUGGAUGUCUAUCAAUGGGUUUUAAAGUCUCUUCCAAGUUUAAUUGAUAUCGAGCUAGGUCCAGCUAUUCUUGCAGGCUCUAGCGCCGGUGGCUUCCUAGCAUUGUCAACUUCGGUGCUCGUCGAAAACAAACCAGCUGCGACGUUUUGCGUUUAUGGGAUGCUGGAUAUGAUCAACAAGCACUACCUCACUAAAGGUAGUAAUAUAUUUGGUCUACCUGUUUUCGAUACUACCCAAAUAAGAGAAGAGCUCAAAACGAUUAGAGAUCAGCCAGUCCUUACGAGUUACGCCUACCCAGAGAAUUCUGCGCAAGACCCCCGCCUUAAAAUUAUCUCAACACUUCAUAUCGACGCACUUUUCCCUGACUAUAUGACAGGCGUACUGGGUCUGAGUGAAAAAGUAGCUAAAGAAGGACCAGAAGCGAUUUCCGCAGACCAACGUAAGCUGUAUCCCUUAACGUUCGGGCGGUUGAACGACCUCCCUCCUGUCCUCCUUGUCCAUGGCCGAAACGACUCGGCUGUACCCGCAGCUUUGAGCGAUGUUGCCGUUGAGAAGCUUCAGGCAGCUGGUGUUUCGGUGCACGCAGAGUUUCCAGACGUUGCACAGCAUGGCUACGAUCGAGCAGCUGGGAGAAAACUAGAGUCAGAGUCAACAGAAGAACUCAGAGGCCAAGGUUUUGAGAGCUUACGGAAGUCCCUCAAGGUGCUGGAUAAGAUUGUGGCCGAGGCAUCGACGAUUCAUUAG